AUGUCCAACGCCGAUCGUCGUCCUCAGCAGCUAUGCUGGACGGUCGGAUUGCUAAUUAACCUGCGAGACCUGGACACGGCGGCGGAGUAUGCGCGCUUGGCAUAUAGCAAAAUCUACUGCCAUGACACUCUUAGUACCUGCGACAUUAUCAUCGGCGCCAUGUGCGAAGCCAAAAGAUACAGAGACGCCUUGGAUCUGUACCAUCACUUUUUCAACGAGUCCUCCAAGGUGAUGAGCGCCACCUGCCGUUCCUCAAACCACAUCAUUAGAGCCCUUUGUGACCUUGGUCGCGUCGACGACGCUCUUGCACUCCUCAGCGCCGUAUCUCCAAACGGCAUCAACUACGGUAACGUGACCAAAGUGCUGGUACACGCCGGGAGGUUCGAAGAAGCCCUCUGUUUACUGAGGAAACAUCCAGUGCCCUUGGCUUGCACCAACCUGAUCCGCGGCUUCUUGAAUCUAGGGAAUCUCGACAUGGCCAAUCAACUCUUGGAGGAAUUUGAGUCCAAGGGUUUUCACGCUGAUCGGCCCUGGGAAUACAAAAGCGAAUCAGGGGUCGUGAGGGUGGCCUUCAUCGAGCACUGGUUCAAGCAAGGGAAACACGAAGAAGCUAUGCGGUGCUACCAGUCUUUGCUGGGCAACGACAGGUAUCAAGUCUUUGGGGAUACUGGACACGCUCUCUUGCAACUUCUCCUGAGCUAUGGUAAGAAAACGGAAGCUUGGGACUUGUUCCACCGGAUGCUAGAUGUGCAUUCAGAAACCAUUGAUGUGAUGGUGAGAGAGCGUUUUAAAGUGAAUUCAGAAACCAUUGAUAUGAUGGUGGGAGAGUGUUUCAAGGAGGGUCGUUUCAAGGAGGGAAUCGAGACAUUCUACAAGGUGAAAGCAAAAGACAAGUAUUUAAAUCUUCUAGACCAUAGGAAUGUGAUUUUAAGGUGUUGCGAGCAUGGGAUGUUGCCGGAGGCAGAGUGUUUCUUUGCUGAAUUGUCGUCGGAUAGAUCUUUGUCCGCCAUCGAUGUUGACACACACAGAGCAAUGAUGGACGCAUAUGUCAAGGCGGGGAGAGUGGAAGAUGCUCUCCAAACGGCCAACAACAUGGUCGAUGCAUACCUAUCAAGCCUUGCUCUGUGGAUGCAGAUCUAA